AUGGUUUAUAUCGACAGUAGUGGUACGGUCCGUGGCCAACGACCGUUAUGGACACCAAGUGGAUUCUACUAUGCGAUAGUUUCCUUUAUCAAUUUCAUUGUACUAUUUGUUCGAUCAUUGAUUGAUCCAACAUUGACUAAACAUGGAAGUAAUAUGGAAGCAACUAAUUAUCGUACAGGUGGUGGAGGGGGAGGUGGUGGUAAUGGUGGUGGUCGACACGAUCGACCUCCUGACGCACGACCAAGACGACGUUUUGGCGGAUUUGGUGGCACAGGCGGAGGACCUGGUUGUGCACCGAUGGCGGGUGGAUGA